AUGGAGCUAGACACUCGGCCAACGGGAUCGUGUGGCCCAACAAUAACCACGACCGAGAGUUUAGGGUCACUGAGACUGAAUACGCCUGAUCUUUACUCAGUCGUCCCCUACCCUGAAGAUCAUUGGAGCCGAGCGCAGUCGAGAAGAUGCUUCAAGACGGACGAGUCCGCAGUCCAGGUGACCUUCACCGAUGUCGAUGCGGAAAAUAAUGUGGCUAUCAGAACCCUGGAUUCCCUAGCUGAGCUGCGAAGAUAUCGAAGUGCUCAGAUGAAUGGGUUAAGGAUUGUAUCCCUCAACCAGCGCAACUCUUGGAGGCCAUUAAACGUGACGCAGGAGAUGUUCCAGGAAAUUGUAGACAUUGCCGGCGCGUCAUCAGAUAUUCUCGAGCUCUCGCUGUCGUUCUUCCAGAAAAGCAUCGGCGUAGAAGAGGGAUUUAUCGGUGCACCGCUCAUCAGAUCUAACCAUCGUUCAAUAGAAAUUGCAUAUAUUCUGAAGUAUGCUGGUGUAAAGCCAAUAGAAGAGAAGGGGAAAGACAACUGGGUUCUACGCCAAACCGGGGUAUAUCAAAAAUAUGACAUCGCAACCAAAAGCUCUAUAUGGGUCCUCGUACACCCAACACCAGGGUGUGAAUUCCAAAAUCGUCUCAUACAGUUCAUGCGAUCUCCAGAUCAGCCAGCUCGCCUGCAGUCCAACCCACUUUUAAUCCACAGUAUUCUUUUGGGGACAUUCUUCCCCCUCUGGCGCGAUUACCUCGCUCACUACGAGCAUAAAAUGCUUCACAUUUCAAAUCCCACGGUUGCCGCGCAGAUUGUAGAGCAGCUGCGUGUUAAUCAUGAAUCCCUCACAGCCAUUCGGGGUACCGAAAAUCGCUGUUUAGUAAUGCAGCCCAUUUUUCGGUCCCUGGAUAAGAUACUCGAGGUCUUACAUCAGGCGAACGGGGCACUCUCAGAUUGUAAUGCAACAGAGCAAUCCGAAGUACAGGCCAUGAGACAGCUGCUCACGAAUUAUUCCAGCAUGGUGAACUCAUACGCCCAAGGCGCAUGGUCUCUCCAAGCGCGGGCCGCGAGAAUUGCGGCCCACAUCACUGACACUCUUUCAUUCAAGGAUGCCUACGUGGCGAAACGACAGAGCGAUCUAAUGUUGCGUGAUUCCACAACAGUGCGUGUUAUAACAGUUGUGACAUUGAUAUAUCUUCCUUCUUCCUUCAUGGCAACCCUUCUCGGCAUGAACUCCUUUUUUGAGAUGGAUUCUGAUAGUCACCGCCUGAUUAUAUCUCCACAGUUUUGGAUAUAUGUCGUGUGCUCUGUGCCUUUAACAGGAGCGACGCUGCUGUAUUGGUGGUUUUUUCAGCGAGAGAAACAGCAUGCGGAAGUGAUGAACAAAGAUGUUUUCAUGGUUUGA